GCUAGCUUAUUUUCUGAAACUAACUACGUACAGCAACUACGUAAAGUAACGUUAACUUAGUAACUAUCUAGUAACAGUAGUAACCUAACCUGUAGUUAAGUGGAGCAGCAGCCCGACAUAUGAGCAUAGUUACGUGUGUGUAUGUGUGUGUGCGUCCGCGAACGCACGCCAAAUCGGCUUAAACUCUCUCACUUAAACUCGCUUAAACGCCUAAACUAACUAGGCACCGUGCAGUAACUACGUAACGUUAACUUAGUUAGUAACGAUAUAGUACCAGUAAAUAACUUACCUGUAGUUAAGUGGAGCAACAGCCGGAGCAUCCCAUUUUGAGCAUAUACGUGUGUGUGUGUGUGGACGCGACGCACCAAUAGCUGUAAUAAUGAGUAAAAACAGGAAAACAAGAGAGAAAAAAAAGGACAAGGCCGCCGAUAUCCCAAACCCCAAAUCUUCGGUGAACAGCAACGGUCCCCACAGGCUCCAAGCGGCUUUGGGAUGUCCCCACCAAAAGUCCGACAGUCCCACGGAGACGGCGAGCAGUAGCAGCAGCAGCGGUUUCUCUUCCAGGGACAGCAGAGACCAACAUCGGCAGGAUACGGAUAAGUCGCAAACCAGCGCCAUUGCCAAGCGGGAUACCUUCGCAUCGCAGCAGCAGCAGCAGGCGGCCCUCUCGCAGGAGACUGUAGUGAAUCGCUCCAGACUGGCCAUUGAGGCAGCAACGAGGCGCUAUGGGGCGUCAGACUAUGCGCCACAUCCCACAGGGAUAGUGUUGCGACGCGUGGGCUACUACACGAUACCCUCGCUGGAUGAUCUCAAGUCCUACCUGGCCGAGGAUGGGUCCGGUGUGGUGCCCAAUUUCACCAUUGGACGCGAGGGCUAUGGCACUGUGUUCUUUGCCAUGGAAAUGGACGUGGCUGGACUGAAUCUGGAUGAGAUUGUUUACUUCCGUAACAAGGGGAUCAUCAUUUAUCCUGACGAUGAGAAGAGGCCGCCUAUCAACCAAGGCCUGAAUCGUGAGGCACAAGUCACCCUCGAGCAGGUAUGGCCCGUGGACAAGACCCAGCCUGUGCCUGUUGUGAAGGAUGCGCAGCGUCUGAUCGAAAUGAAUUGGGAGGGACAUCUGCGUUGCGCCUGCUAUGCAAACGAUACGCGCUUCGUCGAGUAUCGCCCAGAGACCGGCAGUUGGGUGUUUUGUGUGAAGCACUUCUCCAAGUACGGCCUGGACGAGGACGAUAACAAGAUGACGCUCCAUUCGUUGCGGCCCAGCGUGUAUCCGAUGAUAUGCGGCACAAGGUUCCGCGGCCAGUGACACAUCCGCGCGCACGCUCUUCUUCUUCGCGAAUUCGUUCUUUGACAUAAAACGAAUGUGACUUCGUAUUGUGGCGUUGCCAGACUCGUGCAAUUCGUAGUUUCGGGCUGCCACCAUGAUAUUUUUCUACCCGUUUCAUUACCGAUUAGCUUUGAACCGAUCUGGCAGCCCUAAAAAAAAAGUAGGCAAAAAAGAAGAAGAUAAAUUUUCCACAAAUAGUAAGAAAAAAACC